AUGAAGCUGCCCUUGCGCACCUCGGUGCUUGCCGUGCUGGCGGCCGCGGCCCAGUGGGUCGAUGCAGUUCCUUCCAUUCCACACGAGCUCAACGAGCGCGAGAUCGCUCGCAUCAGCCAGCUGCCGCGUCACGAGCGUGUCAAGCUCGCAGAGCGCAUCCUCGAGAUCCGCACCGCAUACGAGUACGAGAAGCAGCUUGCCGCUCGUCAAGAUGCUCUUGAGAAGCGCGCCUCUCCCUCGGGCUCCUACGCUCCCGCCAACAUGCCCUGCCCAAACACCACCUCGCAGCAAGGACCCGGAUUCAUCCGCAACGCAAGGACAAAGCAGCUCAACGCCGACGAGGCCAACUACAUCUCGCGCCGCCGCACCCAAUCCCAGCAGGCAUGGCAGGAAUGGCUCUCCGCGGCCAAGCUCGACAGCGUCCUACCUGGCGGCGCCUCCAAUUACACCUCCUCGAGCGACCGCCUUCCGCGCCUCGCCUUUGCGCUCAGCGGCGGUGGUCUGCGCGCCAUGCUCGUCGGUUCCGGCACGCUUCAGGGCUUCGACGGCCGCAAUGCCACCGCCAACCAGCGCGGCACCGGCGGCCUCCUCCAACUCGCAGAGUACGUCGCCGGCCUCUCGGGCGGUUCGUGGGCCACAGCUUCGCUCGCCAUGAACAACUGGGCCACCACCCAGUCUCUCAAGGACGACGUGUGGAACCUCGAGUCGAACCUCGUCGUGCCCGAGGACGGAAAGGUCUCUUUUUACGCCUCGAUCGUCGCUGCUGUCGCGGGUAAGCGCACCGAAGGAUAUCAAACGAGCCUGACUGAUUAUUUUGGUCUCUCCAUCGCCGACAAGAUCCUCAACGGCUCCACCUACGGCAACAAGUUUAGCGUAGAGUGGAGCGACGUCAAAAACACCUCGUCUUUCACAUCGGCCUCGAUGCCCUUCCCCAUCAUCAUUGCAGACGAGCGCGAGCCGGGCGAGCUCAUCAUCCCCCGCAAUACCACGCUCUGGGAGUUCAGCCCAUACGAGUUCGGCUCGUGGAAUCCGAACGUCUCAAGUUUCAUUCCCAUCGAGAUCCUCGGCUCGAGCCUCAACAACGGAUCCAGCGUGCUUCCGGGCGGCGAGUGCGUCGGCGGCUAUCAGACCGUCGCAUGGGUAACGGGCACCUCGGCCACGCUCUUCUCAGGUCUGUAUCUGUCGCUCGUCUCGUCCUCGUCGGACAGCGUCAUCGUUAAUGCGCUCAAGGAGAUCGCACAAGCCGUGUCGAACGAACAGAACGACGUCUCGACGGUCCCGAACCCUUUCUACAAUUACGAGGGCGAGGGCGACCAGACGCUCGAGGUGACCAAGCUCAUGAACAUUACGCUCGUCGACGGUGGUCUCGACAACGAGAACGUGCCGCUGUGGCCGCUGGUCGAGCCGGCGCGCGGGCUGGAUGCGAUCAUUGCCAUCGAUAGCUCGGCGGACAUUACCAACUGGCCGAACGGGUCGGCGCUGUACCAGACCUCGCUGCGCGCACAAUACCCGACCUACAGCCAGUACGCCUUCCCCGUCGUACCCGACACCAACACCAUUGUCAACCGCGGCCUCAACACGCGCCCCGUCUUCUACGGCUGCAACGCCAACGUCAAUGUCACCAACGCAGACACGGCGUUCAACGGUUCCAAGACGCCCAUCGUCAUCUACAUGCCCAGCUACCCGUACUCGGCGCUGGCCAACACGUCGACCUUCAAACUCGACUACUCCGACAGCGAGGCGCAGGGUGUGAUUGACAACUCGGUCGAUGUGGCUUCGCUAGGCGGUGCCGACUCGCAAUGGGCGACGUGUCUAGGGUGCGCUCUGGCCCAGCGCGGAUUCGAACGCAGCAAUACUCCACGCCCGGAGGUCUGCGACCAGUGCAUGAAGAAGUGGUGCUGGGACGGCAUCACCAACACCACCACGCCGAGUUACUCGUACUCGCCCGCCAUCGGCGUGCCCCAAUUCGUGACGAGCAAUGGCUCCCUUCAAGCCACUCCGCCCUACACGGGCGGAAAUGGUACCAACUCGCAGGCCGGAGAUGCUAGCUCCCAGUCCGCCGCCAAGAAUGCCGCUGCGGUGCAGUCGCCCGCACUCGCUAUUGCCAUCGCCGCUGCCGCUGCCCUCGCGCUCCCCCUCACCCUGCUGUGA